ACGGACAGACCGCAGAGCGCCACCGGACAGUGAGAGAGAAGUGAAACCACCGCGGGAGAAAAAGAAAGAUGAGAGAAAUAGUUCACAUCCAGGCCGGACAGUGCGGGAACCAGAUCGGGACCAAGUUCUGGGAAGUGAUCAGCGAUGAGCACGGCAUCGACCCCGCAGGAAACUAUGUGGGUGACUCAGCUCUUCAGCUGGACAGGGUCAACGUCUACUACAAUGAGGCUUCCUCACAUAAAUACGUCCCCAGGGCAGUGCUGGUUGACCUCGAACCAGGAACCAUGGACAGCGUUCGCUCAGGAGCCUUCGGACAACUCUUCAGACCGGACAACUUCAUCUUCGGUCAGACAGGUGCGGGGAACAACUGGGCCAAAGGUCACUACACGGAGGGGGCGGAGCUCGUGGACUCAGUCCUGGACGUAGUGAGGAAGGAGUGUGAGCACUGCGACUGUCUCCAGGGUUUCCAGCUGACCCACUCGCUGGGGGGCGGCACCGGCUCAGGCAUGGGCACCCUGCUGAUCAGCAAGAUCCGGGAGGAGUACCCCGACCGCAUCAUGAACACCUUCAGCGUCAUGCCCUCGCCUAAGGUGUCGGACACCGUCGUGGAGCCCUACAACGCCACCCUGUCGGUCCACCAGCUGGUCGAAAACACAGACGAGACCUACUGCAUCGACAACGAGGCCCUGUACGACAUCUGCUUCCGCACGCUUAAACUCACGACGCCAACCUACGGCGACCUCAACCACCUGGUGUCGGCCACCAUGAGCGGCGUGACGACCUCGCUCCGUUUCCCCGGACAGCUCAACGCAGAUCUCCGCAAGCUGGCCGUCAACAUGGUGCCUUUCCCCAGACUCCACUUCUUCAUGCCAGGGUUCGCUCCUCUGACGGCGAGGGGAAGCCAGCAGUAUCGAGCCCUCACCGUUCCUGAGCUAACCCAGCAGAUGUUCGACGCCAGGAACAUGAUGGCGGCCUGCGACCCUCGCCACGGUCGCUACCUGACCGUCGCCACCGUCUUCCGCGGGCCCAUGUCCAUGAAGGAGGUGGACGAGCAGAUGCUGAACGUCCAGAACAAGAAUAGCAGCUACUUCGUGGAGUGGAUCCCCAACAACGUCAAGGUGGCCGUCUGCGACAUCGCUCCCCGGGGGCUCAAGAUGGCCGCCACCUUCAUCGGCAACAGCACGGCCAUCCAGGAGCUGUUCAAGAGGAUCUCCGAGCAGUUUUCGGCCAUGUUCCGCCGAAAGGCCUUCCUGCACUGGUUCACGGGCGAGGGCAUGGACGAGAUGGAGUUCACGGAGGCGGAGAGCAACAUGAACGACCUGGUGUCUGAGUACCAGCAGUACCAGGAGGCCACCGCCAACGACGGCGAGGAGAACUUUGAGGACGAGGAGGACGAGAUCAACGAGAGCUGGGAUGCGGAGCAGAAGUUUGAUGAGCCAAUCAGAGAGCAGGAAGACAACCUUAGCCCAAUCAGCUAAAGGCAGAGGCGGGUCGCCAGCUGAAAGAAACACAAAACGAACAAAGCAAAAAAAAAAGACAGUCCCGCAACAUUAAUGUUUUCUGAUUUUGUGAAAAUGUUUUGAAGAUGUGUGGAAAAAAGCAGCAGCGUUGAUCCAGGAUCAGUGGUUCUGUUUAAUAUUUCUACAUUAGGUAUUAGAGGUGGACAGAGAGUCCAGAAUCAGUGAAGGACGAGGGUUCUCCGCACUGAUGUGCAAACUGAGUGGUGUUUUUUAAAUGUAUCUAGAGUAGAAUAUAAAGCAAGCGACAAAUAAAAAGGACUCAU